CGCCGCUGUUUGUCGCAACUCCCUCUCCCUCUCCCCUCUCUCCAUCCCGAUCCCCCAUCCUUCUCAAUCACGCCCUCCUCAUGAUGUCCACCACCACCGCGACAGCCACCCAGAGCUCUCGCCCUCCCAUCGCCCCCAAAGACUUCUCCGCCCAACAACCCAACACCAUCCGCCUCUACCCCCUCUCCAACUACACUUUCGGCACCAAAGAGACCCAGCCCGAGGAAGACCCCUCCGUGCUGGCCCGUCUAAAACGCCUCGAGGAGCACUACGAUGAACAUGGCAUGAGACGUACCUGCGAGGGCGUUCUGGUCUGUCAUGAGCAUAAUCAUCCUCAUGUUUUGAUGCUGCAGAUUGCGAAUGCGUUUUUCAAGCUUCCCGGCGACUACCUCCACUUCGAAGACGACGAAGUCGAGGGCUUCAAGAAACGGCUCAACGAGCGUCUGGCGCCCGUCGGGUCGCAGUUCUCGGGCGAGGGCGUCAACGAGGACUGGGAGAUCGGAGAUACCUUGGCGCAGUGGUGGAGACCGAACUUUGAGACCUUCAUGUACCCGUUUCUGCCGGGGCAUGUUACGCGGCCGAAGGAGUGUAAGAAGUUGUAUUUUAUUCAGUUGCCGAAGAAGAAGGUCCUCUCCGUCCCCAAGAACAUGAAACUCCUCGCCGUCCCCCUCUUCGAGCUAUACGACAACACCGCCCGAUACGGCCCCCAGCUCUCGGCCAUCCCGCACCUGCUGUCGAGAUAUAACUUCGAGUUCGUGGAUGAGAACGAUAACGUGGUGGCCGCGACCCCGGGGACGCCGCUCCCGGGACACCAGAUCCCGCGCACGAAGGUGCUGGCGGGCGAUGGCCAGGAUGAGGGCAUGGCGGAUUAUAGCGCUGAGGGGGAGAAUGGGGCCAUUGCUUAGAUGAAGAGGGAUGAGGACCCCUGUAGCUGGCGUAUGCUACGGAUGAACGUGCCUCUCGGUCAUGGUCAUGGCUUAUCUGUCUGCACUGGCCCUGGCUAUAGCCUGAAGGAUCAUGCGUGCGUGCCGUGCUGUGCCUGGGAUAUGUGCCCUGCCCUGCCCUGCUCUACUGUGCUGUGCUUGAAGGAUCAGGACGUCCGAUUAUUCCCCGUGCCGGUCGGAAUGGGAUGGGACGCGUGCAUGGUAUGGUCUAGGCAGGCUGCAGGCUGCAGGCUACCCCUGCUGAUCGGGGCAGGUGAUUUUCUUCUAGCCUCUUUAUUCUCUUCCCGUUUUCCUUUUUUUUUUUUUUUGUCUUUUUUGUU